AGCUCCGGUGCUAAAAGGUCCAACCAAACUGAUGCUGUCUCUUGUCACAAUGGAGAUAUUGCUUCGUUCCAAGUGUUGUCAGCGCGCAACAGUUCCUGGUCUUGUUAGAGUGUUGCAUUAAGAUUAUAGAACAGUGACUCCUCAGAAUUUCUCCAACUAUGAGUCCAUGAAAAAGGACUUCAAACUGGAGAUUCCAGAGUAUUUCAACUUUGCUAAAGACGUCUUGGACCAGUGGACCAACAUGGAAAAGUCCACUGUGACAGUUUUUGGAAACAAAAUGAUUGCGUUCACAAAUGCUGCCCUUCCUUCUAAACAUUGUUUCUUUUGUGCUCCUUUAGGUGCAGUUUUCAUUCCAGGGACCACUCAGCUGACCCAGAACGACAUCCUCUACAGACUGCAGUCUUCAAAAGCCAAGUGCAUUGUCACCCAUGAUGCUGUCGCCCCAGCAGUAGAUGCGGUGGCAUCUCAGUGUGAAAACCUGCGCUCCAAGCUCAUUGUGUCUCAGAACCCCCGAGAGGGGUGGGGGGACCUCAAGGAGAUGAUGAAGCGUGCCACUGACAACCACACGUGUGUGGAGACAAGACACGAUGAGACCAUGGCCAUUUACUUCACCAGCGGCACGAGCGGAUCUCCCAAAAUGACUGCACACACCCACAGCAGUUACGGUUUAGGAUUGUCUGUAAACGGAAGGUUCUGGCUGGAUUUGACACCGUUGGACGUGAUGUGGAACACCUCCGACACAGGCUGGGCCAAGUCUGCAUGGAGCAGCGUGUUUUCGCCAUGGAUCCAGGGAGCGUGUGUAUUUGCACAUCAUUUGCCGCAGUUUGAGCCAACUUCCAUCUUGCAAACGCUCUCCAAGUUUCCCAUCACAGUCUUCUGUUCAGUGCCAACUGUAUACCGAAUGCUUGUGCAAAAUGAUGUGACCAGCUUUAAGUUCAAAAGCUUAAAGCACUGUGUGAGUGCAGGGGAACCCAUCAGCCCUGAAGUGACUGAGCAGUGGAGAAGCAGGACAGGGCUGGAGAUCUACGAAGGAUAUGGACAGACUGAGACGGUGCUGAUCUGUGGACAUUUUAAGGGAAUGAAAAUUAAGCCUGGCUCAAUGGGAAAGCCUUCGCCUGCCUUUGACGUUAAGAUUUUAGAUGCAAAUGGCAAUGUUCUACCUCCUGGACAAGAAGGAGACAUUGGCUUUCAAGUUGUACCUAAGCGACCACUUGGCCUUUUCACUCAUUACGUAGAUAAUCCUACAAAAACAGCUUCAACUCUCCGAGGCAACAACUACAUCACUGGGGACAGAGGCUAUAUGGAUGAAGAUGGAUAUUUCUGGUUUGUUGGGAGAUCGGAUGAUGUCAUAUUAUCCUCCGGUUACCGAAUUGGGCCGUUUGAGGUGGAGAGUGCCCUGGCGGAGCAUCCUGCGGUGGCGGAGUCGGCUGCUGUCAGCAGCCCGGACCCCAUCAGAGGAGAAGUAGUAAAGGCUUUUAUUGUUCUGAACCCCAAUUACAAGUCACACGGCCAAGAACAACUGAAAAAAGAGAUUCAGGAACAUGUAAAAAAAACUACAGCACCUUACAAAUACCCCAGAAAGGUAGAAUUUGUUCAAGAGCUGCCAAAGACUAUCAGUGGGAAGAUAAAAAGAGAUGAACUGAGGAAGAAAGAAUGGGAAUCUAUUUAAAUCCAUUCUAUUAAUUAUCACAGCACCCAUAAAACAAAGACUGUAAAAACCACCAGAUUAUGAAGAGGUGAUAAAAAUAUGAUGCUUAUAAACUACUGAUUUUAAAUACCUUGUGGUUAUAACAUAAGAGGCUGAACUUUGAAAUAAAAAAGUAAAUUCCUGCCCUAGCCAGUUUGGCUAAGUGGACAGAGCGUCGGCCUGCGGA